UAUAAUCAGAGUUUUUUGCAGACAGAGCGAACAUCCCGUCCUUGACCAUGGCACCGUCGGGGAAGGCGCCGAUUUAUUUAGACUACAAUGGCACGACACCCAUUGACCCUGAAGUAUGUCGCGCCAUGUCGCUGAUGAUGAGCCAGCAUUGGGGCAACCCUUCGUCCUCGCACUACUACGGCGUGCAGGCCAAGAAGGCCAUCGAAACCGCACGGAGGCAGUGUGCUGAGCUGAUUGGCGCUGAGCCAGGUGAGAUGACCUUCAUGUCGAAUGGCACCGAGACGAUCAACCAGGCGCUCAAAGGCUUGGCGGAGAUGGGCGAGGCCGAAGGGCGGCGGCAUUUCAUCACACAGGCGAGUGAGCACGUGGCGGUCUUGGAGGUCUGUAAAGCCUUGGAGCGACACGGCUGCGAGGUCACCUACCUGCCGGUGGACGCCGAAGGGCUUGUGAACCCACAAACCCUUGAGGCCGCGAUCACACCCAGGACCAUUUGUGUCAGCAUCAUGCAUUCCAACAACGAGACUGGGGCCCUCCAGCCGAUCAAGGAGAUUGUGCAGCGAGUGAGGAAAGCUUCAAACAGGGUCUACGUGCACUGCGAUGCCUCACAGAGCCUGGGAAAGUUGCCAGUGGAUGUGAACAAGCUGCUUGGCUUUUCUUGCGAUGCCUCGAGGAGAGAGGUUGGAUGUGGACCUGUUGACCAUGGCCGGCCACAAGCUCUACGCGCCCAAAGGAGUUGGUGCCUUGUACAAGCGAUCCACCGUUCCAGCUUUGCCUCCGCUCCUCCAUGGUGCCGGACAGGAGUCGGGGCGCCGGGCGAGCACAGAGAAUGUGAUCCACAUCGUGGGCCUGGGGAAAGCGUGCGAGAUCGCGCGGAGGGACCUGGAGAAGAACCAGAAGCACAUGCAAGAGAUGCGAGACAGGUUAUAUCAGCAACUUCUUCAAGGCCUUGGCUCCAAAGCAUGGCGCCCAGAUCCGGGCAAAAGCUGGUCUUUGAGGGCCACCUCAUGCGUCAGAACGGGCCGCUUGAGGCGAGGUUGCCGAACACCUUGUCCGCCUCCUUCUUCAAGGUGGAAGCCAACACACUUCUGUCCGAGGCAGCUGAUGAGGUUGCAGCCUCUGCGGGCGCUGCCUGUCACAGUGAUGAGGUGCACAUGUCGCAUGUGCUUGAGGCCAUGGGAGUUAGCAAAGAAUGGGCCAUGGGCACCUGCCGCUUUACACUGGGCCGUGAAAGCACUGGCCAAGAGGUGGAUCAAGCGGCGAAGGUCUUGGCCAAGAUUGCCUUGAGGCUGAUGCCUGGUGGGCCGGAUGAGGC